ACUUUGGCCCCCUUAAAUUUCAAUUUCCAAAAAAAAAUUUUAUACUUGUUUUAUUAUCAGACGUUUGGCUGCUCGUUAUUCAAACGUGGCCUCAACUGGACGGGAUUGUACAUUGUAUUGAAAACUCUUUCGUCUGUCAAAAUUGACAGAUUAAUAACUAGAAUGUAUAAUGUAGUUCAAGUUUUAUAUUACAUUUCUCCUUUGUUGUCGAAUUAAUUGCAAUAUAUUAAAAAUUGAUACUGUUAGUGAAAAUGUGUGCGAAAGUUUAAAAUAAAUUUGAAGAUUUAACAAGUGUGAAAUGAUUGGGUUGUUAGGAGAAACAACAUAGUUAUGUAUGCUGCCAUAUAUUGACCUUGUUGGAAUGCACGUUUUUUGAGCACUAGAUUGCAUAUUGAGAAUUGAUUCCAAAUGUAGAAUGUUAAGGAUGACACCAUGCAGAUUCUGCUGCAUUAUUUGCAAUGGCCGAUUUAGAUCAAAGCCUCGCUGUAGUGGAUUGGUUGCCUUCUCUGAGUGCAAACAGAUCAACAGAGUGUGUGGUGGAUGAUGAAUCUGAUGCCAUGAUUAGAGAUUCACCCAAUCGUAGCAAAGAUGGAAAGCCUCCAUACAGCUAUGCGAGUCUCAUCCGUUUGGCCAUCACGAACGCUCCAAAAGGGAAGAUGACAUUGUCGGAGAUAUAUCAGUUCAUCAUUCAACAGUUUCCGUAUUAUAGAAAUGCAGGCACUGGAUGGAAGAACUCGAUCCGCCACAACUUGUCCUUGAACAAGUGCUUCACGAAGGUGGCCCGCUCGAAGGACGACCCCGGGAAAGGCAGUUACUGGAGCAUCGACUACACCACCAGCCAGGAUGAUGGCGUCAGCAAGAAGAAGAAAAGCUCCCCGGCCUUCAAGGCCUCUCCGUACAGCCCGGAGUGCAGCAGCAACAGUAGUGACUACAGCAAUUGUGCCUUCGCCUCGUCUCGGCCCAAAGCAGCCGCGGACUGGCACACACCUUCCAAGUACGAGUGGCCCCCCAAGUCGGAGCCCGCGAGCGCCGUGGCGGGAGAGGCAGAGCCGGCGGCCGGCUUGGACGACGCCGCGAGGAACGCGCCGAGCGGCGACCUGAGCGGCCUCGAGCUCAGCGACUCCAAGGAGCUCUCGGCCGUCCUCAGCGGGCUGCUGUCGCAGUACGGAAUAAACCUCACCGGCGACGAAGGGGCGGCGUACGCCGACGACCCCUCGUCUUCCUCCGCGCACCACGACUUGUACCAGAGCUACGCCGUGUCUGCGGGCGACGCCUGUGGCGGGUACGCAGAGGGGGCCAGCCACUACGCGAGCGUGCCCCCUUCCUGCGGCGCGCUCUACGAGAGCACGUACGACGACCGGUACAGGGGUGUGCGGGGGGGCCCCGCCUACCCCGGUGCCUCCGACAGCCCUUACCCUCACGAGGGCCGGUACUCCAAAGUUCCUGAAGACGGUGCGUACGCGGGCGCCCGGAACUGCCAGUACCCCGCGCCCGGGGGCGCCUCCCCGUACCCCGGCUGCGGUCCCAAUGGUUCCUACGCGAGUGCCAGAGCCUGCUGCCCCGCGGACGACAGGCGGUGCUCGCCUGGCUACUGCGGGGCGCUGCGGCCCGGCCCGGACCCCGGGCCGCACUUCCACUACGACCAGACGAACUGCUCGUACUACCGGCCGGCGUACGAGCAGCGAGAGAGCGUCCCGCUGUGCUCGGCCUACCCAGGCAACCAGCUUUACCUCAACAACGAACAUGCUCACUCCGUUGAAAUGGUGAGGAAUGACUGCGGGUGGGAUAGAUUGUUAUAACACCAGUUUUUACUUAUUUCUUAGGAUGUCCUUAGGCAUAAAAUAAUUUUUAAAACAUACAUAUGCUGACUUUAAGUAUUGAUAAUUGUUACCUUUCUUGUAGAAUUUUUUUUUUUUUUUAACUGUGAUGUUUAUUUGUUCAUUUACAUAAAUCUGCUGUGGAUGUAUUAAGUUGUUUUUUUUAUAUUCAGGCCAGGUGCAAACUAUAAAAUACUGGUGAAAAAAUUGUACAUUGUAGUAAACUGAGACUUAAAACGGGAUUUAAAAAUAGUUUUUAUGGAAUUAGAACAACUGUGUGUACGGAGUUUCUUGGCUUCUGGUUUGUAGGCGAUGAUUCCGCCUUCGACGCUUCUGCAACCCAGAAGCCAAGCGACUCAGACAAUGGCUGCGAAAGCCUGUGUUCCUUAACAACUGUAUGUACGUUUACAUAAUACUGACUACGCACUGUUUUUAAUUAUGUAAAUCCAUUAAUGUGUGUCAUUAUUUAUUAAAAUAUGUGAGUUGAAGCUUAAAGACGGAUGGGAACAAAAUUUGUGUGUAUAUUAAUUAGAAAAAAAAUCUCAUGAUGAUAAUUUCCUUGUGUAUAAAUAAUUUGUACUUUUUUUUUAAUUUCGUAGUUGUAAUUAUUUAAAAAAUUAACCUAAAGGACUGGUUGUGGUAAAUAAAGCUUUUUCAUACUGCCAUUUUCACUACUUUGUGUCUCUGAGUGGACACUAAACAAUUUCUGUUAUUUAUAGUAGUGGGAAGGAAUAGCCAGAAAAUGGGCAUUAUGCAAACUGUGGCAUUACCAUUAUAAUUUUAAUCUUGUCAUGAACUGGCUGUAUUAUUAAGAUCUUGCAUAUUAGUUGUAUAUUGUUAAAUGGUAAAACUGUUUUUGAUCGAGAGUAAAUAAUUUUUACAGGUGAAAGUUAAGUAGUUUCAGAGCAGUAAAGUACUUAAUAGAUUUAUUGAGGUCGGUAUGUAAUUGAAAUUGUUAUCUCGUAGCUACUGGUCAUAAUAAUAUAUAUUGUGAUUUGUGAGAUGUAGCUACUGGAGAUUAUUUAAAAAACUCAUUCCUCUGCUUAAAGUUCAAAAAAAUUAUGCCGAUAAUAAUUGUUAGUGUAACUUUACUAGUAGGCUAAUUUUGUGUUAAUUUCACACUUUUUCUAAGUAUGUACACGUGGUGUUAAUACUUGCUCAUAUGAUUAUAAGAUGGUUUGUUGCUUCGGAAGCAGCAUUUGCUCUCGUUGGGAAACUGUAAAACACGUGGAAUUAAAGUGACUUUAGCGACCAAGAGCUACAUAAGCCUGUCCGGCAGCAAAGAUACGUGAUCCCAACUGCAUAAUCUACAGUGCAGCCUUGCAUUUUAUGCACGGUAGAUGCCCUGAUCAGUAUUAAUGGCAACAUUCGCCUUUCAGCAUAACCUUAGCUGUAUUUCGCACUGGAAGUUGAAUGGCUAUUGGUUUAAUUAUAUAUACACCAUGUGUGCCGGAAUAAACACGGGCUGAUGGAAUGUCCGUAUCAUACACUUGAUCACGCCGUAAGAAUGGCCAGAUAAUUGCUAUUGCUAUUAAGUACCCCGGGCACAAUUCCCACCACAACCCGACCUCGGAAAAACUCUAAAUCGAAAAUAAUAUACUUUUAAUAUUUACAAAAUUAAGGGGUAUUUCGCCAUCCCCCUGACCCGGGCACUGACCUUUUGGAUCGGAAUUACUCUAAAUGAAAUUUAAAUUUUUCGAAAUUUUGUGUCUUUAAACACUCCCUCCCCUUCAGGGUAACAGUCAACCUCGGGGCAAAUUCUCACCAUGCUCCGACCUCAUGGUACACAAAAACCUGGUUAUUACCCAUAGCUCGAAAUUAGUGGUUUUUUGACCCUCUGACCCCCCUUCCCCCACACUCCUUUAACACCAAGGUCUUAAGUUAUCAAAAUAUUGUAUUGUCAGAGGUUAUUUAUAUGUAUGCAAAAUUUCAACACAUUCUGACAAUAAAAAUUUAAUGGAAAGAUUUUAUUAGAUAGUCCAUUUAUACAGGUGAAGCUAAUAAAAGCAUGGUAAAAAUAGCUUCGAUUGAUUGGCUUAUUUGAAGCUUCACACAAGCGUACUAAAUAUUAGCUUGCAAUAAUUUUUUUACAUGCUUGACAAACUUUAGUUUUCUUAAAUUAAACAUUUACGGAAUAUUUAAAUACCUUAUGCAUUUUGGUAAGAAGCGUUUCUGUGCUAUAAUUUGUUAAGAAAACAUAUUUGUGGUAGAUGACCAGAUUAAGCUUUCGUGAAUUGAGUCUUUCAUUCCAAAGAGAUCAAGGCUCUAUGUAGCCAGUCAGUUGUUCAGAGUUAUGACCGUUGUGUGUUUCACAUACAUGUGAUGACAACCCUUUAAUAAAUUUUUUUUAAUACAGUAUUAAUUUUGAGGGACGAAAAUGUGGGAAAGCAUAAAUAUUAUUUCUGAAGUUGUGGCUAGUGUUUUAUGGAGGUCAGUUUAUCAAGAAGUUUCUGGGAGAGCAAGUGCUGACAUAAAAGUACGUACAUGUCUUUUCAUUCAUUACGAGAAUAAUUAACGCAUGUUAUUUCCUCUUAUUGACUCAAUGUUAUAUUUCAUAUCUUGCCAGUUACUGAUAUUGUAUUUUAUAGUGAGUAAGUUGUAAAAUUAUCUUAAGUUAUUUUAUGGGCAUUUUAAAUGUUUAUUAUUUUAGAAGAUAGUUGUUUUAUUCAAGUUUUUAUAUAUAAUAUAGGUACUGUUGCAAUUAUUGUGCAACAAUUUUUUUAUGCUAUGUAAAAGUAACUUUUUUGUAUUAUUUUUUGAGUUUGGAGUGAAUCUGGAAUAUAAAUUUGAGUUCACAGAUGUGCUGUUAAUGUGUUCUAGCGUGUACAUGAGGCAGAGUUUGCAUAGCAAAUGCUAUCACACUGCAGGUUUUCUUCCAGAAGUAAACUGGUGCGAUAGUUUGUGCUGUGUGUCGUAAACUAACUUUACAAUGUUGGAAACAACAUUUGACUAGUGCUAAUUUGUUUGUUUCUGAAAUUUCAUACUCAUUUGUGCGAGCGUGACACUGCGUGACAGCUCUCUCGUAAGUUUUCUUCUGGUUGAGCUCUUUCGCUGUGGUAGUGAUUAGAUAUUUUAACAAAAUAAUAAUAAUAAUUUUAACUUUGGCAUAGUUACUUACUGAGAAACUGAAAGCAUACCACCUGUUAGCUUUCUGUUAAUUAUACUAUGCUUAAUAGCUUGGCAAGCAUUGUAACUGUGCAUGUAAAAGAGUAUUAACUUUAUAAAUCUAAUCUCUCUGUUUUUACGCUGUACAGAUGCUAGUACUAUUGAUGCUACUUUUGUUAAAUGCCAUUUGUUGCCUGACUUUUUUUUU